UAUGGGAAUAGAUUCUUUAUUAAAAGCUCUCAAAUCUGUCACAAAGCCUAGACAUAUUUCUGAAUAUUCAAAUAAGAAAAUAGCUGUAGAUACAUAUUGUUGGUAAUUUCAAACAUAAUAACUUAGGUUACAUAAAGGAAUAUUUUUAUGUGCAUAAGAAUUAUAAGAUGGAAGAGAAACUAAUGAGCAUAUAAAUUAUUGUCUAAAAAAAGUUGAGUUGCUUAAAAAAUAUAACAUUACUGUCAUUAUGGUAUUUGAUGGAGCUAAAUUGCCAAGCAAAAAAUGUACAGAAGAAGAGCGGGAAAAGUAAUAUAAAUAUAUAUUAAUUAGAAAGAGAAAUGAUAAUCUUUAAAAACAUUUAGAAUUUAAAUAGCAGGGAGAGAAAGAGAAAGCAUAUUAAAAAUUAGUAGAAUCAAUAGAUGUUACUCCUUAGAUGGCAUCUAAAUUAUUGGAAGCUUUGAGAAUUAGAAAUAUUGAAUGCAUAGUUGCUCCAUAUGAAGCAGAUGCUUAAUUAGCAUAUUUAUCAUUAACAGAAUAUGUUGAUGUAAUAAUAACUGAAGAUUCUGAUCUUAUUGCUUAUGGAGCUAAAAAAGUCCUUUAUAAAUUGGACAAAUUUGGUUAUGGUGAAGAAAUUGAUUACGAAGUCAUUUAAACUUGUAGUGAUUAUAAUUUUUAAAAUUGGCAUCAUCAAAAAUUCCUAACUUUUUGUAUCUUAUCAGGUUGUGAUUAUUUGGGUUCAAUAAAUGGUAUAGGAAUCAAAAGAGCUUAUUAAAUAGUAGCAACUUCAUAAAACUAUAGAUAAGCUAUUGAUAAUCUUUAGAGAAAGCAAAAAGUAUCUGUUCCUUUUGAUUAUAUUGAAUCAUUUGAGAAAGCGUAUCUAACCUUUCUAUUUUAGAGAGUAUUUUGUCCAGUCUAAAGAAAAAUGGUAACAGUUCAUACAUUUGAUACAGAUCUUUUAUAUCCAUAGAUGAAAUCACUUUUAGAAGGAAAUCUUGAUUUUUUAGGAAAUGUUUAUACAGAUAUGUUAAUAUAAGACAUAGCAGAUGGAAAAAUAUGUCCAUAAGAUUUAAAACCAUAUUCUUAAACAUCAAAAAAUUAUAAGUAAUAAAUUAUUGAUAAAAAAUAAAUAAAUGAUAAUGAUAAUGAUUUAUUUUAAAUACCAACAUCUGUAAAAGAAAAAAAUCAAUAAGUAUUUAAAUUUAUUAAAAAAUCAUAAUCUUCAAAAAUAAAUAUAGAAGAAUCUUUUGAAAGAUCAGGAGAAACAAAAGUAUCUAAUUAUUCCUAAAUUGUUAAAUCAAAAUCUAAAGAAAACAAUCAAAAAAUUAUAAUUGAUAACUAAUAAAACUUUGAAUAAACUAAUUUAUUUUCAAGUUAACAAGAGACACUUAAAUAAAAAUCAUUAAUCAACAACAAUAUUCUAACCAAUUAAAUUUAAAAGAAGAAUUCCAAAAUUGUAAUAAAACAUGAAUAAAAAAGAAUUAAUCAAUAUUUCUAACCUUCUUUCAAACCAUUUAAACCACCAUCAUCUGUGAUUUAGAAAUAAAAUAAAAUUUCUACAGAGAUCAAUAAAAUUGAAGAAGAAAUUUAAAGAAUAGAUUAGAAUCUUAAUUCAUAAGUUGAAGAAGAAUUUUAAUAAUAUAGUAUUUCUGAAGAGUUUUCUGAUAAUUAUUAAAAAAGAUUCUAUUAUACUGAUUUUGGUCUUUUCUUAAAUCAAGAACUCUAAUUCAAAUAAAUUUAAUUUUGA